AUGGACGGGUCGACCUCGGCGCCGGUAGGACAAUGGAAGCAGCAGAAACCGAAACCCGAAAACUACCGGAGGGCACCUCGGACCCCUCGGGCCGCCGAGAUCCGAGCGGAAAGCCCCCCCCCCAUCAAGCAACCACCAAAAACCACGACCAAGCCCGGUCGAACCCCCAAAGAAACCAGCUCUGGACUUUGGAUCCCCACAUUCAACCCGGUCGUGGGCACCUCGGGCCUCUCGGAUUUCCGGGACCCGAGCAGGAAGACCUACCCCAAGCGACCACCCACCAACACCCCUCACAACCUCGACCAGCCCGGUCGAAAGAAGCUCAGCUUCGCACCCCCUGACACUGGACCUCUACAUUCAACCCGGUCGUGGGCACCUCGGCCCUCUCGGAUUCCCCGGGACCCGAGUGGUAAGCCCCACCCCAAGCGACCCCCACCAACACGCCCACAACCACGAACAGCCUGGUCGGAAGAGCCCGCACCUCGGACCCCCGAGCGGUAA